CUCCGCCGUGUAUUGGGAACAUCUCCCGGUGAUACCGAAUUUUCAACACAACAGAAGCUCCUGUCGGCACCCCAAUUCUGUGAAGAAAUCCAAUUGAAUCCUUUAAUGACCCAUCGCCGUUGAACAAAGAUUCCAUUCCCUCUGCAACUUCAAAAGCAUAGUUCUAUUCUAUGAUGCAGAAAUGGAACAGGAAAAGGACUCAUUUCCCCCUACUUGCUGUUCUCUUUUCUCUCUUCAUUGCAGCUUCAAUCUUCUACAACGAACGAAAUAUUCAGCAAAUCCACGAAGACAACAAACAACAACAGUCUUCCAUUACACAUACAUCACUUCUCGCCUCUGCUCCUCCAAAAACCUCUGGAGCUAAUGACCAAAAGCGAGCUCUAGCGAGCUUGGAUAGAUUCACUACAUGCGCUUCCACUCGAAAGUACAGUGGUAAGAAAACUGGAUUGACUGACCGUACGAUGGAGUCCAGCCGACGGGGAGGAACUCCUGAGAGCUGUAACUUGUUUUCCGGCAAAUGGGCUUUUGAUAAUACUUCAUAUCCGCUAUAUAACGAGUCGCAUUGCCCUUAUAUGUCCGAUCAAUUGGCAUGUCGGAAGCACGGAAGAACUGACUUGAGGUACCAGACAUGGAGAUGGCAACCCCAUAACUGCAACUUAAAGAGGUGGAACACGACUGAAAUGUGGGAGAAAUUGAGAGGCAAGAGACUGAUGUUUGUUGGGGAUUCUCUUAAUAGAGGACAAUGGAUAUCCAUGGUGUGUUUAUUACAAUCCGCAAUUCCGCCUGAGAAGAGAUCUAUGUCACCCAACGCGCCUCUAACAAUUUUCAAAGCAGAGGAAUACAAUGCUUCAGUCGAGUUCUACUGGGCACCACUUCUUGUUGAAUCGAAUUCUGAUGAUCCAGUGAACCACAGAUUGGCUGAUAGGAUAAUCCGCCCAGAUUCAGUUCUAAAGCAUGCAGCCCAGUGGGAGAAUGCUGACAUACUGGUUUUCAACACGUACUUAUGGUGGAGACAAGGCCCAGUUAAGUUACUAUGGAGUAGUGAAGAAAAUGGGAUAUGUGAAGAACUAGAUGGCCUGGGAGCCAUGGAGUUGGCAAUGGAGACUUGGGCAGAAUGGGUGGCUUCCAAGGUGAAUCCUACCAUUAAGCGUGUAUUCUUUGUUACCAUGUCUCCAACCCAUCUCUGGAGCCGAGAAUGGAAGCCAGAGAGCGAGGGGAACUGUUAUCAGGAAAAUACUCCCAUUGAAGUAGAGGGUUACUGGGGAAGUGGAUCAGACUUGCCCACAAUGCGCAUGGUGAAGAAUGUUUUAGGAAAGCUGGGGCCAAAGGUAUCUGUUGUCAACAUCACUCGGCUAUCUGAGUAUCGGAAAGAUGGCCAUCCUUCCAUCUACCGGAAGUUCUGGGAGACAUUUAGUCCGCAGCAGUUGUCAAACCCUACGAGUUACUCUGAUUGUAUACAUUGGUGCUUGCCUGGAGUGCCAGAUGUAUGGAAUGAAUUACUGUUUAAUCUUUUGUAGAGAUAAUGAUGCUUUUAGCAGAGGGAAAGUCAUUUGAGAAAAAAGAGACAGGAAAGAGAAAAGAGCAAUCAAUUUUGGCCUCAUUAAUAGUUCAAUACAAACUUCCAUAAAGGCCUUGUGUUUGUGUGUGUAUGAGAUAUGGAUAUGGUUGUUCAUUAGCUCAACAGAAUCAUACAUGGCAUGCAUGGUUGCUCCCAUUUCCUUA